AAAAAAGAGGAGAAGACAGUUAGAAACGAAGGGUGGAAGAUGAUAUAAAAAGGCCCGAAAUAAAAGGGCUUCCCCUCCUAUCUUUUUCCAUUUAAUUUAACCUCUCCAAACCCAUAUUUUGCUUUACUUGGUGGUGCGUUUCCCUAUUCACAAAAGAUCGAAAAUUAGAAAAAAAUAAAAUAAAUCCAAUCUUUUGCACAAGUAAAUAAAGAAAACCCUCUUUUCCCCAAGGCGCCACCACCCCUCCACGGCGGUCCGAGGCGGUUAUCCACCUUCCUCCGCCGUGGUUGCAUAAGCAGCUCAAUACCUUUUUAUUUAGUCAAACCAAAACACAUACUACACACACACAAAUUCGCACGUUAGAACAAAAAAGAAACAAUUUUUUUUUUUUAAUUAUACAUAUAUAUUGAGAUAUGGGGGAGCUAGAAAAUAUUAAUCAAACGAGUAGCAACGACUCGUCGCCGUAUCUAUCACCGUCGCCGUCGUCGCCUUCUCUAUCCGACGAGAACGAGGACUUGCAGCGUCUAGAGCACGCGCCGCCGUUCUGGCGGAACCCUAACCCUAGAAAGCUCUCGAAACAGCUGUCCAUGUGCGAGGUUCCCCGCGACAUGGCAUGGGAGAGGCGGCGCCUCCAGUUCCUCCGGCAGGAGCGGCGGAAGAACGGGAUCAACCACGAGGCCGACGAUCUGACCGACGAGGACCUCAACGAGUUGAAGGGUUGCAUAGAGCUUGGUUUCGGGUUCAAUGCGGAAGACGGGCAGCGGCUGUGCACCACCAUCCCGGCGCUCGACCUUUACUUUGCCGUGAACAGGCAGUUCGCCACCAGCCCUAUUUCUAGCCCCGCCAGCAGCGGCUCCACCGCCCCGUCGCUUGGCGGCUCCACCGCUACCUCCUCCAUGUCAACGGGGAUCGGCGGCCGCUCAUCCUCAUGUAGCGAUUCGGAUGCAUGGAAGAUUUGCAGUCCAGAAUAUUUUUUGCAUGAAAAUGAAUGUGCAGGUGAAGAUCCACAACACGUGAAGACAAAGUUGAGGCAUUGGGCGCAAGCCGUCGCUUGUACCGUACGGCAGUUCUCUUGAUCGAACGCAAGAAGGAUUCUUCAUAAAUUUUAUUUCGUCAUAUCGUUUCAUUUGUACAGAGUGAGA